AUGACCGACGACUUUCUGCGGCUCGUCUCGCAGGCGAAUCCCGCAGCCAGACAAUACCAACCCGCCAAUAACGGAUACCCGCCUUCCCAAUCGACAGCAGCGUAUAACGACCAGUCUCCCCAACUUAUGGAUCCAUUCUUUGACGAUGACGACGACAACGUUCCUGACUCUGCUUUUGGGGCCAAUAACACAGCAAUGGAGUCACAGGGGAGUGGGAUGCCUCUAGCAAAGUCGGCCGCAGCACCAGCAGGGCAUUCAAAAGUUACUCUGGGUGACGGAGUUCCUCAAGGGUGGACUUUCGACGACGACGACUUGCCGGCCAAUAACAGCCGACCGUUCGCUGGAUCUGACCACUUUCCGGGCCCUCAGAAACCUCCACCGAAGCGCUCACCAUUACAAUCCAUCAAGUCACGCAAGUGGAAAUGGCCCUGGGAGAAGGAGAAGGUCCUGACCGGAGAGAGGAUUAUUGCCCUCAACAACAGUGCGGCCAACAGCGAAUACUGCUCCAACUUUGUAUCGACAAGCAAAUAUAAUCUUGUCACCUUCUUGCCCAAGUUCCUCUUCGAGCAAUUCUCGAAAUACGCCAACUUGUUCUUCUUAUUCACCGCUUGCAUCCAACAAAUCCCUGGAGUUUCCCCCACGAAUCGAUACACUACCAUUGCACCGCUUGCUGUUGUGCUUCUUGCAUCUGCUUUCAAGGAGGUUCAAGAGGAUCUGAAACGACAUCAAUCCGAUAGCGAGCUUAAUUCAAGGAAAGCCAAAGUGUUAACGCCAGAAGGAACCUUUGCGGAGAAGAAAUGGAAGGAUAUCCAAGUUGGCGACGUGAUUCGGAUGGAAAGCGAUGACUUUAUUCCGGCUGAUGUGGUGGUCAUUAGUACGAGCGAACCAGAGGGUCUAUGCUACAUCGAAACGUCAAACCUUGACGGUGAAACGAACUUGAAGAUCAAACAAGCCUCGCCACAUACUUCUUCCUUCACGUCUCCCGCGCUGGUCAACACCCUUCAUGGCUCAUUGCGUUCAGAACAGCCAAACAACUCUCUUUACACGUAUGAAGGCACACUCGAAUUGAUCACCGAUCGCGGAGUUCCUAAGCAAGUACCACUGGGGCCUGACCAAAUUCUGCUACGAGGUGCUCAGAUACGAAAUACCCCCUGGGUUUAUGGUUUAACUAUCUUUACGGGUCACGAAACUAAGUUGAUGCGGAACGCAACUGCUGCCCCAAUCAAGAGGACAGCGGUCGAGCGUCAAGUCAACAUUCAGAUUGUUUUCUUGUUUAUCCUAUUGUUGGCGCUUUCUGUUGGUUCCACCAUCGGCAGCAGCAUUCGGUCAUGGUUCUUUGCGAGUUCACAGUGGUACCUAUCAGAAACGACCACACUGUCUGGAAGAGCCAAGGGCUUCAUUGAAGACAUUCUCACGUUUAUCAUCUUGUACAACAACUUGAUUCCCAUCUCGCUCAUCGUCACCAUGGAAGUGGUCAAGUUCCAACAAGCGCAGUUCAUCAACUGGGAUUUGGACAUGUACUACGCCAAGACGGACACGCCGGCACUCUGCAGAACUUCAUCUCUCGUCGAGGAGCUUGGUCAGAUCGAAUACGUAUUCAGCGAUAAGACUGGAACUCUCACUUGUAACGAAAUGGAGUUCCAGUGCUGUAGUAUUGCCGGAACUGCCUAUGCCAGUACCGUGGACGAAUCGAAGCGAGAAGAUGUCGAUGGCAAGGGCGGCUGGCGGACCUUUGCCCAGAUGCGACUGAUUCUUGAAGAAGAUGCGAAUCCCUUCGUCGAUGUCCCUUCGACAUCAUCUUCUCCGGACUCUGGUGCUGAAAAGGAAGUUAUUCGGGAGUUCUUGACCCUACUUGCGGUUUGCCAUACUGUUAUUCCUGAGAUGAAGGGCGAGAAGAUGGUGUAUCAGGCGAGUAGCCCCGAUGAGGCUGCUUUGGUGGCCGGAGCAGAGCUCCUUGGAUUCAAGUUCCAUACGCGCAAACCUAAAUCCGUCUUCGUGGACAUCCUCGGCCAGACACAAGAAUUCGAGAUCUUGAACGUCUGCGAGUUCAAUUCGUCCCGGAAGCGGAUGUCGACGGUUAUUAGGACACCGGAUGGCAAGAUCAAGCUUUACACCAAGGGCGCUGAUACCGUUAUUUUGGAACGGCUGUCGAAGCACCAGCCAUUUACGGAGAAGACUCUGGGCCACCUCGAGGACUAUGCAACGGAGGGACUUCGAACACUCUGUAUCGCCUAUCGUGACAUCCCAGAGCAAGAAUAUCGCCAGUGGGCCGCGAUCUACGAUCAGGCUGCUGCUACCAUUAAUGGUCGAGGAGAGGCUCUGGAUUCUGCUGCUGAACUCAUCGAGAAGGAUCUUUUCCUCCUUGGAGCCACCGCCAUCGAGGACAAGUUGCAAGAUGGUGUCCCCGAUACUAUUCACACGUUGCAAAUGGCAGGCAUCAAGGUUUGGGUUCUUACUGGAGACAGACAAGAAACUGCGAUCAACAUUGGAAUGUCGUGCCGACUGAUUUCCGAGUCUAUGAAUAUUGUCACUGUCAACGAAGAGACUGCGCAGGAAACGGCAGAAUUCCUCACGAAACGGUUGUCAGCCAUCAAGAAUCAGCGUAGUUCGGGUGAAUUGGAAGACCUGGCUCUCGUUAUCGACGGCAAGAGCUUGGGCUUUGCGCUAGAGAAAGAACUCUCAAAGACGUUCUUGGAACUCGCAAUCCUGUGUAAAGCUGUCAUCUGCUGUCGAGUAUCUCCUCUUCAAAAGGCCUUGGUCGUUAAGCUCGUGAAGAAGAAUCAAAAAUCAAUCCUUUUGGCGAUUGGAGAUGGCGCAAAUGAUGUCAGUAUGAUCCAAGCUGCUCAUGUCGGCGUUGGCAUUUCGGGUGUCGAGGGUUUGCAAGCUGCUCGUUCAGCUGAUGUGGCCAUUUCUCAGUUCCGGUUCCUCAAGAAGUUGCUUCUUGUUCACGGGGCCUGGAGCUAUAGGCGGUUGUCCAAAUUGAUUCUCUUCUCGUUCUACAAGAACAUUGUGUUGUACAUGACCCAGUUUUGGUAUUCCUUCUUCAACAAUUUCUCCGGACAAAUCGCCUACGAGUCAUGGACGCUUUCACUUUACAACGUCGUCUUCACAGUCCUACCGCCAUUCGUCAUCGGCAUGUUCGAUCAAUUCGUGUCGGCUCGAAUCCUAGACCGGUAUCCGCAAUUGUACAUUCUCGGCCAGAAGAACGAAUUCUUCACCAAGACUGCAUUCUGGAUGUGGAUUGCCAAUGCCUUGUAUCACAGUCUGAUUCUAUUCGGGUUCUCUGUCAUUCUCUUCUGGGGUGACUUGAAGCUUGCAAAUGGAUUGGAUAGCGGGCAUUGGUUCUGGGGCACGGCCUUGUAUUUGGCUGUCCUUCUUACGGUUCUGGGUAAAGCCGCACUGAUAUCGGAUAUUUGGACGAAGUACACGGUGGCCGCCAUUCCGGGAUCCUUCAUCUUCACGAUGGCGUUCCUCCCCGUCUAUGCCAUCGUUGCGCCCGCCAUUGGGUUCUCGACUGAGUACAUUGGGCUCGUUCCGCGGUUAUGGGGCGACGGUGUCUUCUACUUGAUGAUCCUGCUGGUCCCGCUGGUUUGCCUCGUCAGGGACUUUGCGUGGAAAUACUAUCGAAGAACAUACAUGCCAUCAUCAUACCAUAUCGCUCAGGAGCUGCAGAAGUACAACAUCCCUGAUUACCGACCACGACAAGAACAGUUCCAGAAAGCGAUCAAGAAAGUUCGUGCAACACAACGAAUGCGGAAGAACCGUGGAUUCGCGUUCAGUCAGACAGAAAAUGCACGACAAGAUCAGGCCAAAAUCAUUCGAGCCUACGACACAUCGAAAGCAGAUGCACGGCCAUCGGGUUACUAGAGUGACUUUUUUUACAAUUAUUCCCUCACCUCUGUUCAGCGCUAGCGUAGCCGGACAGUGUAUUUCUAAUGGCAUGCACAUAUCUUAAUUAUCUCGAGUUCAGGUACAGUAUUGGGACAAUAGAGCUUUGGAUAUU